AUGCAUGGAGGCCAGUACCAGGUGGCGAGCCCCAAGUUCCACCACUGCCAGUACAGCCUGACAGACAGCUCCUUCGCAGAGUCCGAGGAUGAGGAGGCCGAGACCCCCCCGCCACGCACCCCCCUGCAGAAGCUCACCACGGACAUGUGCAAGGACAAGAAGACCAUCAAGGAGCUGACCAUAGGCCGCAGGGUGGGCUUCUACAAGGUCCGGGGGGAGAUCGGGUGCGGGACCUUCUCCAGGGUCAAGAUGGCGUUCCACGCUCUGGCUAAAGACAAAGUGGCCCUGAAGGUCCUGGAUAAGACGCGUCUGGACGCUCAGGCCCAGCGGCUGCUCUCCAAGGAGAUCAGCAGCAUGGAGUUCCUGCAGCACCCCAACGUGGUGCGUCUGUACGAGGUGGUGGAGACGCCCAGCCGCCUGUACCUGGUGCUGGAGUACGCAGGAGGAGGAGACCUCCACAACAAGAUCUGCAACGAGGGGAAAUGUAUCGACAACACCAGCAAGAUCAUCUUCGCCCAGAUCCUCUCUGCCAUCAAAUACAUGCACGACAUCAACAUCAUCCACCGAGACCUGAAGGCCGAGAACGUUCUGUUCACCACCAGCAGCUGCGUGAAGGUGGCCGACUUCGGGUUCAGCACGCGGGUUUCAAACCGCUCCGACGCCCUGGACACCUUCUGUGGCUCGCCGCCCUACGCUGCCCCGGAGCUCUUCAAGGACGAGUCCUACCUGGGCCCUCCGGUGGACGUGUGGGCCAUGGGGGUCCUGCUGUUCUUCAUGGUGACCGGCACCAUGCCGUUCCGCGCCGAAACCAUGGGCAAGCUGCGGCGCUGCAUCAUCGCCGGGGCCUUCACCCUCCCGCCCUGGGUGGCCGGGCCCUGCCAGAAGCUCAUCAAGGGCAUCCUGAAGCGAGCCCCUGAAGACCGCUACGCCGUGGACCAGAUGCUGGGCUGUGAUUGGCUGCUGCCCGUGGAGUUCCCCUGGUCGCUGGUGCGCCAGGAGCCGGUGAGUUCCCUGCAGAGCUUUCUGGGCUCGGAGUACGGCGACCUGGAGGAGGAGGCGGAGGAGGAGAUCAGGAGCUCGCUGGAGGAGCUCGGCUUCACCUCCGUGCAUCCGAGGAGCUGUCGGCCCACGGACAGCCGCAGCCCAGUCACCGGGGUUUACCGGAUCCUGCUGCACCGAGCACAGAAGCGCCGGGGCUGCGACUGCCCCCCCGUGGUGCGAGGCAUGGUGAGGGACCCGAAGAGGGAGGGGCUGGGGGCCUACAGGAGCCUCAGACACACCUCCAAGCUCUGCGUGCUGUCAUAG